CUAGUACACACAGCCACUGCCUAUGUCCAUUACAUUUUGCAGUAAAAUUUUCCACCCCUGUUUUUUAAAACCCAAUCAGACAGCACACAGUAAUCUGACUCCUUGUGUUCUCUUGGUCAGGGUAAUUACAGCACUUCAUUUUAUCCAGAGAAGGAAUGAGUGGCAGACCUGUAACAAGACAUAGAGGGUGAGUGUUACUUUAUUAGUGGCAAAUUGCAUUAUAUAAUUGUCUAGUAACAUUUUAAAUACUGCUACCUUUUUGUCUUCUUCACUAACACUGCAGCAGUUAGACAUAAUAACGUGUUAAUAUGUUAACAAAUAUAUAUUUUUAAAUUGAUAAUCAAGGAAGCAUACAUCCUUAUACAUUGUGUAUGUGUGUUUCCAUAUGCAAUGACAUGUAGUAAUUGACUGCAAUAUCUGAACACAUGUGAAUAGCAGGGCUAUUCACUAAGGUGAAAAUUCAAAGUGAAUUCAAAGUGAAUUUCAAAUUUAAGUCCAGAUUAACUGAAUGGAAAGUUUUAACCACACAUUUGAAAUUCAUUUUGCAUUCACCUUGAAUCCUCACUUUAGUGAAUAACCCUGUAUAUUUGUAAUUUACCUGCUUCUCUAUUCUGUAUACCUCAGGAAAAUGGAUCUUUACAUCAUGCACACAGUUUUAUGAGACUGAUUGAUCAAGGAAUUAAUUAGAUGUAUUUCGAACAAGCCUUUGAAAAAAGCUACAUGUCUUGAUAAUGUCGAGAAAAAAAGGGCUACAGUGCUAAAUUAGUCAGCACUGAUGCCCCACAGCAGGUUACGGAGGAACUCAAGGGCAUGCACCCUGAAUAUAUUGGAAAAAUAGACAAAGUGGAGUGGGGAUGACCACUAACAUAAAAGUGGGCAGUCCACAUUCCAUAUAGGAGAACCUCCAGGCAAUUAAAAUUUUAUAUUUGUGGUAUAAGCCUUUAUUAAUAUAUAGCCGAAAAAAUACUAAACAAAUAAAGUGUGCAAACCCAAAUGCUAUAAGUGAUAAGAUAAAUAAUAAGUCUUAAAAUAUGGGAGAUUUGUCACACAUAUCAACUUACAUCAGAAGACCCUGUGUACCUUGAGUUUAUAUCUCUAAUAUAAUCAGAUAGUAACCUCCAGGCAGUUAAAAUUUCGUAUUUGUGGUAUAAGCCUUUAUUAAUAUGUAUAGCCGAAAAAAAUACCAAGUGCUUAAAGUGAAAAGAUAAAGCAUAACUAGAAAAGCUACAAUUUCUAGAGAAAUUUUGUGAAGUGUUCUUGCCUCCACCAGUAGUCUACAACAGGAAUGGGCGGACUAAUUGGGUGGAGUGGCUUGAGUAACUGUUGUAUGUUUGGAGUGGCUGGAGUAACUGUGGAAAGGUUGGACUGGGCAGAGUAACUUUAUGAAACAUUGAUUAGCUGUAUUGUUGUAACAUUGUAUGUUACUGUUUUUCUGUUACAGGUAUAACGCAUUGACUAACAUGGAAAUAUAUUUAUUAAAUGUGAUAGUGCUCACUUUUGUGUUAUCAAAACUGUAGGAAUGACAGCAGUUUAGAGAAUGUGUUUCAUCUAGCAGCCUCUGUGUUCCUGAACACUCUGCUGGCUGCUCACACACCUGGGUUCCUAUGGCAACUCACUAUACAGCAAGGGCAGAGAAGAGCGGUUAAAAGCAAACUGCUCCAAAUUGCUCAUUUCACUGGUGGUUGCCAUCUUCAAAUUGUCUUAGUUUAAAAACUAUUAAUCCUACAGUGAAGAGCUUUAUAUUGUGAGAAUCACAAGACCCAGACUUACAUGUUGAUGCAUAUGUCUCUGAAAUAUUAAAAAUGAAGGCACAGUCGCAGUUUAGAAAUUGCCCUUCAAAUUUGAGGUGGCUAGAGUAGAGUUUCAAUGAAUGUCAAUGGACAGCGUGAGUUGCAAACAAAUGGUCAUAUUGUGAAAACUAUCAGGACUAUGGCUUAGCCGUGGACAUUUUUAGUGGCAGCAGGUAUAGCUGAACGUUUUGAUAUAAGAUUUGUGUAGGUGGGCUUAAAAAUGAGGGAGUGGUGGCAGUUUAGAAAUCAUGUCCUGAUUUUUCAGCUCCCACUUUAGCUUUUGUUAGCUCCCACUCUAGUUUUGAACAUUCCGCCAUUCAUUCCUAUGGGACCAAUUUUGCCACAAAAAUGACGAUAUUUCAUGAACCAUUUGGCGAAACAUUCCACAAAGUAAUAGCACACCGAUUGGGAGUAUAUUACUGUCUAUGUAGUGUAAAAACUGUGGGAGGAGUUAGGGUGGUAAAUUUGGCUAUAAUAAAAAUAAUAAUAUAUAUGUGAGAUAAUAGUAAGUGGUCUUGCCAUGCAAGAACACAUAAUAAUAAGUCUUAAAAUAUGGGAAAUUUGUCACACAUAUCAACUUCCUAUAACAUACAUCAGAGUACCCUGUGUACCUUGAGUAUAUAUCUUUAAGUAAGUUAAUAGACAGGUGGAUACCUCUAAUAUAAUCGGAUAGUAACUAUGUAUGUAUGUAUGUUACAGGAAGUUGAUAUGUGUGACAAAUCUCCCAUAUGUUAAGACUUAUUAUUUUGAUUUAUCUUUUCACUGAUAGCACUUGGGUUUGCACACUUUAUUUGUUAAGUAUUUUUUCGACUAUGUAUUAAAAAAGGUUUAUACCACAAAUAUGAAAUUUUAACUGCCUGGAGGUUCUCCUAUAUGGAGUGUGGACUGCCCACUUUUAUGUGAGUGGUCCUCCUCACUCCACUUCGUCUAUUUUUCCAUGUCUUCAUAAUACCUCACACAUUAGAUAAACACACUUUAGAUGUGGAGGUGUAACACAAAUACUCUGCCACAAAUUAAAGAGAGGGCAUAAGAAUGUGUUAUUGGAUCUUUUGAUACUUAGUGGGGAUUAACCCUAUCAGGACCAUUUACUUUCCAUACUGUCAUCACAAUUUGGUCCUUGAAGACUGUGUUUCAGGCCAGGAUGGAAUGACCUACUUAUUCAACAUCUAUGAAGCCCAUGUGAUUUUGAAUGACUUGUACAUUCAAUUUGACAACAGGUUAUUUAAAGGGCAACUUUAAACAGCAUAGCCAUUACAGAUUAAAGGAACAUUCAAACAUUGUAUUCAUUUCAUUCUAACAUUGGAGGAUUUUUCUUAUCUUUAGAUUCAAGAUACCCAGUGUCUCUUUAAAGGGGGAUUACUUACCUCUAAUCUUGCAGAGAGAUGAUCUUCUCUCAACUGCUUCACUACCUCAGGGAGUUCAUCACUAGUGAUGAUCAAUGUUUCUUACAGAGAAGCAUUAGGGGGCAUGGUGCAUGUGUGGCAACUGCAAUGUCAAUGCUUAUCAUAGAGAAUUUAUCAUUUCAAAGUCUUCACUUCCUUUUAGAGCGAGAGAUCAAGGACAGUGUCCCAUUGUCAGCUGACAGGUGUUCCCAAGAAGGUUUAUAAAAGUGCAAAUUUUUUCUUGAAAUUUGAACUUUUAUAAAAUUAGGUUCCAGGGGCACUUUGUUACCACCUAUAUCACUUAAGAGAGCGGAAAUAAUUUAGAAAUUUGGAGCAUUCCAACGAGUAUUCCAAGAUAUAUCAGACCAAUUAGCCUGUACACUAGCAGUUUAAAGUGCCUUUAAAAGUUGAGACCACAAGUGAGCAAGUCAAGCAGUGGACCCCCACAUGCUGCCAGAGGCAUUCAUUUGCAGUUGCCACAGAGUUUGAAUGUCAACCUCCAUGUAAAUUCAUUGGUUAAUUAUUGCUGGAUGCUUCAAGCAUGAGACAUCGAGCAAUCGCAUUGGCAAGCACUCCCCUGCAUUGGAUCACUGUGACAAGCUGUUACAGUGAUAUGAAACCUCUCAGCUCCUACUGCAGCACUGACAAGCAGGCUCUCUGCCAAAUACACACCAAUAGGUACAAACAAGGAUUUUGCUGUUAGUUAAGGUAUGCUAUUACUGUGAUUGCCUCCCAGGGUAUUCAAUCAACUUGGGGGGCAAAUUCUACUAUAAAUAGACUUUAGGUUAAGUUUGGGCUAAUAUUAAUGUUAGUGUUUGUGUUAUAUAGGGUUAGGGUUAGAAUUAUAGUUAGUGUUUAUGUUAACUAGUUAAGCUAGGGCAGAUCUUUUAACCAGUGAACAGUUUGGGUUAGGACUAGUUUUAGUUAAGGUUUGCUAGAGUUACCAAGGCUGAUCUACUGAACAGGUAACUGCUCAUGUUAGGGUUAGUGUUACUUAUGGUUACUUAAGGGUUAGACGUGUCAUCAGAGUUUGAUGUUGGUCACACAGAUAUACCAAAUAGUGUCACCUGGAAACAAGCGGCAAAAAUACAUUUAAUGCAAAACUUGUCAAAUUUGUGAUUAAACAGUCUGGUUAAAAGACUUCAAAUAAUUCAUAUCAAAUAGUCCAUGUUUUCUUAUUUUGAAAAUGGAAUGACAUGAUAAGAGUAACGUGCAGCUGGGAGCUGGUGCUGUGUCCAAAAGCGGCAUGACCUAGCUAAAUCAACUGGUAAAAAAAUUAGAAAUUUAUAAACAAACAUUUAUUAUGUCUUUAAUGUGUCAUAAUAUGGCAAAGGUCUAUAUAGGGUACAUUGCAGCAGUAAAUAAAUGUAUAUGUAGCGUAAGGGGAGUAGUGAGAAACACAUGAUCUGUGAAAUUAAUUUACGAAAACAAAACAUGUAUUUGAAAAACACAAAAAAAUAUAUAUAACCAGCAGUUUUGGUUAGGAUGAAGAUGCAAUAGUUAAAUGAAAACUGUCAAAAUGCUCUCAGUUAAAAAUCAUGAUGGCUGUUCUUUCUACUCAUAUAAACCUUUGUGUAACAGACUUCGAUAUUUGUAUUCUGCAAUUAAAGGUAUAUUCUUAGCAUGCCAUAAUUGGCAAGGGGUUAGUUUGAAAAAAAAAAUAACUCCUUGCCAUAUUUGCCAUAUAACUUCAAAAAAAUCUAUUGAAAUCCUAGUCAUAUUGGGCAUUUUAAUCUAGUUGUUGUUACACCAGUUGCGUGGAAGUUUUGGAGAUUUGUUUUAUUCCAAACUGCAGUUUAUAUAAAGUUAGGCCAAUCGGGGGAUUAGUUGAAUUCUCAUAAUACAAGUCUAAAUGUUGCCGAAUCACAAACCAACCAAAACACACAAUUGAUGAGCAUGUUUUCUUUGAUUCAUAAUUCUGAAUACCAAAAAAAGAAAUAGUUAUUAAGAAAAAGAUGAUUGAUGGCUAAGGGACAGUGAAUACAUUUUGAGUUUAUUCACAGAGCCAAUAGUGACCAAUAGAGGGAUAAAAACGAGGAGCUGUAAAAAAAAAAAAAAAAUCUAUCUUUAUAUAUUACAAAUCUAAAAUAUGUAUCAUAUAUAAAUAUAGAUUUUCUUUUACUUCUCCAGUUUUUCCCUAUGUGGGUUACUCUUUCGCACUGGAUUUGUGAAACAAGUGAUGGGAAAUAGCUCCAAUCAAUGUACUGCAAAAUAUAUACAUAUUAGCACAUUUUUGUGCACUUUGGUUCAUCUGAUUCAUUUCCUGAAACAGUUUUUAGUACUGAAAUCUGCCAAGCUGAGCCAACAUAUGGCCAGAAUUUAAUUGUUCCAAAAUUAAAAUUUUUGGAAAAAAUGGUUCGGAUGAACAGCAUUUUCUCACUGUGCUCAAGUCUAGUUAUCAUGAGCAACACAAUGAAAAUGUGGAAAACCUCCCUCCCCCCCACUGUUUUAAAAUAUUUUUUCAUAAUUAGUGUUAUGUUAAGUAUAAUGGUUAUCAGAUGAAACCCCAAUCUGUCUUUUAAAAAAAUUAUACAUAGUAUAUAUACAUGGGUACUCUUGAAGGUAACAUCUUAAAUUACAGUGGAACAAACACAUAGCAAAAGUGCCAUAAAGGCUUCAGUCAUGGAUGCAUAAAUCUCAGAAAAUCCUUGAUCAUGAAUGGGGUUAAUGUAGUGGUUGUAGGACAAGUAGUAUUUUAAUGCAACCCUCCUAAUUUUUUAUGAAAUCAUAAUCAAUUAAUUUGACAAAAUAACAGACUAACAUCCAAAGCCAGUGACCUCUCCUACCAUUCAGAUAAUGUCUAACCUUUAGUCCUGUACUAUCCAUCUAUAGUUGUUCAACUUUGGAAGUUAUGAUGGCACUGGAAGUGAAUGUUCUACCUUAUAUGAGUGGCAGGUGAGGCGUUUGCCCUCUGAUGCUGGGAGAGCUCUGUUUUUUGUCCAAAUCCUCAAAAAAAUUUUAACGAAAGUUCGGGGAUAGCAGUAAAAACUCCUUGCACCACAAUCUUUACAGUAAUGGUCAUGGUGGAUAUGCCAACAAAAGUGUUGCUCUAAAAAUACAUUUUCAACUACUCUUGUAUAUAUUAAGACUUAGAUAAUGGUAAAUCUGUAGCUGAAUUAAAUGCACAGUUACAUGAUUUAGAUUUGUCUUCUAAUUGUAAAGCCUUGAAAUCUCACAAAAGAAAAUUACAUUAGAUGGUGCCAUUGUUAUUAUUAAUAGUAGAUUUGUAAGGUCUUCAUCAAGUGUAGAGUUACUUUAUUCAGGGAAAUUUUUAAAAUAAUGCUUCAUGGCUGUAUUACCUUUAAACUGUCCAUAGUUGUACAGAAUCAUUAAGUAAAUCUUAUUAAUCAUUAGUCUCCCUAUUGCAAAAUCAUUUGCAGUUUCUUCGCAACCCAAUUAAAACAACAAUAUGGCAGACUAUAGUGUGACUGAUUGGUCCAUUUUUAUAAAAAGAAUUAUAUUUUGGCAUAGUAUACAAUAAAUGUAAAAAAAAUAUAAAAAAUACUUAACUUUCUUUAAAUGUUUUUUUUUUAUUGUUACAUAUAGGAAAACCUUUUAAUGGAAACUGCUUGCAUGUAUUUAGUUUGGAAGAAACUUGUGAGAUAAGAAAGCUUUUUGAAUAGACGUAAUUUGUGUUCCAGUUAAAUGUAUAACUAAACAAUCUUCCCUUUCCUCUUUUACUGUAUGAAGGUUUAUUGAAUGUAAUGGAAAGGUCAGAUUACACAUAUUCUCAAGUUUAUGUGUUCAAGUAUUUGCCCAACUUUCAUUUCUUAAUAGAAACGUUCAAAUUACUUAAAUGACAAAAAAUGUGGUCCAAGAGAGGUGGCCCAGUAUUCUACUGAAAAAUAAGUUAAAUCAUUGAUAUUGCAAAUAUUUGUGUUCCUUAAGAUUUCAACACUUAAAAUCAUUUUGUUUAGUCUUUACAUUGAAGUGCAUAAGUGUUUUAAUAAAAUCCCUGGAGAUAAGGAGCCCUAGAGCCUAUACAUUACACUGCAGACUACUAGGUUACUUUGUAUUGAUCCUCUGGUAACAAUCAGGCUAUCUCCUAAAUCUACAUAAAUGUACAUUGUCAUCUCAUUCUUUAUCGGAAUUACAUUUCCAAAUGUGCACAGCAUUGUCGUAUUAAGAUAUUUCGGUCACACAUACUGGAACAUAAGAAUGUAAAUUCAAUUCAGUUCAAAUGUUCCUAAAAUUUGCAAUAUGCUGAUGUACCAUCACCUGAUACCAAUUUGUUCUCAAUCUCCCUUGAAAUAAAUGUGUCUACGCUAAAUCUCACAUUACAUUAAAUUGUCCUUAAAAGACAGAAAGGAGAUGUGGUCACUUAUUUAUGUACACUGCAGACAAAAUUCCAAACAACAUGGACAUUGUUAUUCUAAGUGCUUCACUGAUCUUCACAUUAAACUAACCUUUACAAAUUCCAGGAAUGAAUGCUGUGACACAAGCUGUAAAUAUGAUCUAAACUUAUAAAACUAGAACACUAACUUCAGUUCAUAAGGAGGUCAUACUCCCCGAUAAACCAGCUGUAGGCACAAAAAGAAAUAUGCUGCAGAAAACCAUCAAUGUGAUCUUCUUAUUUCCAAUCCACUUACUGGGUAUGGGCAGUAUUGCUACUGCAUGUGACAUUUGACCUAAAGGCUUAUCUCAGAUUUACGGAAAACGUAGUGAUAGCAUGUUUCAUUAAGAACAAUUUACAAUGGCCGCAGAAUGCUGUGAGUAGAUGUUUGAGACACACAUUUAAAUCUGUCACAGUUCAUAUCAUGCUAUAACUUUUUCUUAUUUCUUAAUUGGCCUACGACUUUUUGCCGUAUUGCAUUCAAAUGUAUAAAAGUAUGUAUUUAUAUAUCAUCUAAACAAAACAUCAAAAAUGAAAGGCACUGAUUCUUGACCAUACAUAUUUCUCAGUAGAAAACCAGUAUUUAUGCUGCUCAAAAUAACUGAAAAUUCUAAUUUGUACAAUUCAGUUAAUAGGUCUACAUUUUGCAGUUCAUUUACACCAUUGCUGUUUAGAAUACAAACCUCUUUGUAAGCUUUCAUAACCUCAUUAUCUCAACAGUAGGAUGAACAAUCUUCUUUGACUUCAAUGGGGGCUCGGCAAUGGAGCUCUGCUUGGAGUAAAAUCAGUAUAUAUAAAAUGGCAACAUAUGUCUCUCAAAUUUAGUAAUCCUGUCAGUGAAUAUUUAAGUGAUGUGAGCAGGAACACAGAUGCGCAGUAACAUGACCAAGAUUAACACCCAUAUUGGCCUGUGUUAGGACUGAGAUAAUUUUGCCAACUAGCCGAGGUGAUGAAUGUUAAGUUUACCCAAGAAUUAUUACAUUAUCACAGGUCAAUUAUUUUUUUUGUAAUGGUGGAGGUAACUUUAAGAAAUAAGUGAAUUACUGGAAACUUUGAUCUACGUAGGAGCAAACAGUUGUCAAUUUCAUACACGCAAAUUUAAUUUAAUAUUAGAUCCAUAACGUUCUUAGCUUAUUGAAUAUUCUUCAUUUGGGGCUUUGUUUAAAAACUGUCUGAUCUAAAAAGUGCUGCAGAAAUCAAAAAGGGGAGGCAUCACCAAUGCUACGUGCCUUCUGGAUCCACUGGUUUCCUUGGUGACUACCCCACUUUUAGUACGUUAGACCACUUUUCAGAACACAACCAUUUUUAUAAAGAACCCUCUUCCACAAUCUCUUUGGGUCUAUUCACAAGUGAUUUUGGGUGAAUCAUUAAGCCACACACUUUAGACCAUAAUAGCAUUAACAUAUAGUUUUUUUUAAAAAUCAUCAUCUCAAGAUAGCUGGAAAUUUUUGUCUACCUUGUUUUUUUGGUUAAAAUGUUGUGUUUAUUGUCAAUGUACCAUAAAUCACUGAAUAUGCCUCAAAUUAACAGAAUGCACCUGGUACUCAGCAAUUAAUGACAUGGACCAUCACAGAACUAAUGGAGAACAAUUUGAGGACCUCCAUCCAUUUUUUUCUUAUGCUAUAUUUCAUUACCAUUUUCAUUGUAAGCAAGCAAGGUAUAGUUAUCAGCCACUCUGGAUAGAACAAGGUUAUUUUCUUCACUAGUUCCUCAUGCUUUCUCCCAACAAACACUUAAUCUUUUACACACCUGGUGCUUUUCCCACUGCAUGGAAUGUUAUUUGCUGGCUUAUUCUUGGGAAGAAGAUGAAAUGUCACAGGUGACGUUAAGGUCAAUGCAAUUGAGAUAAUUGUAUACCUGAUAAGAGUGUUUCCUUCAUGUUACAGUUUUAUAGCUGAGAUCCACAAUUUGACCAAUUUAGUCCACCAUUAAUUUAGUAACUUUAACUCUGUUCCUGUAAAAAGAAGGAAGGUCAAACUAUUUUUCUGCUUGAAAGGUGUUUUAAAUAGCACAAACAAAUAAAUUAUUUUCAUUAAACUCCAAACAGGAAAUUAUUCUAAAUUAAAGAUAAUUGCAGCUGUCAUUAGUCACUUUAUUAAAGUGUCCAUAAAUAAAAUGCAUUUAAAAUUCAUUGGUGCCCAUCUGAUGUGCUAAAAAAUAGUGACAUUUGCACAUUACUUUUUCAAACGUUAAGAUGGUCUGUUUUCCUGGAGGUUUUUUUUACUAGCUAAAAGCGCCCUCUAAUGACAAUUAUGUGACAGUUCAACUGAAAUAGCAAACGAUUGCUUCUUGCAUUUCUCACCUUGUGUUCUAUACUAAUAGCAAGUAUUAGAAAGUUUUACCACUGCCCAUUAUGCUAUUUUCAAAACACAAAUAUUUCUCUAUUAUGUUUGCAUUUGUAUUUACUAAUUGCAUUCAAAUACCUAUUAAAAGCUUCCUUAUAAAUUAUUUUGAAGUUUGUUAAUCACCGACCUAUAAAUACAAAAAGGUUUAUUCAAGAAGGCAUAAUUUAAAAAAUUCCUUGUAAAAUGAAAAGGAAUUUCAAAAUUUAGCCCAAUGUAGCUGAAUUAAAAUGAUAAAAAUCAGGAUAAGAUGUGCUGUGCCUUUAAAACUAAUCAUAUAUGCAGAGGGUUCACCUAAAUAAUAUUCAAAUACACCUAUAAAAACACACACGUGUUAAUUUACAUAAAUCUGAUAAAGUGCAUUGUGUAGGUAUGAUCAGCCCAAAUCAUGUAAUAAAAAACUUGCAUCAAAAAUAUCAUCAAAAAUAACCUCCAUAAAUGUGUACAUAAAUAGAAAAAGACAAAUAUAUAGUGUAAAACUGUUUAAAAAAAAAAAGGAACUUUUAAUACACUCGCAAGUGCAGCAGUAAAUACUGAUCCAACUGUAAAGGUUCCACAAUAAACAUCCAGUGUCUGAUGCGAUUUCCCACAAAAACGGAUAGAACCAAUGGACAGCUUGAAAACCUUUAUUCUGAUUAAAAUGCGCUUACAGGAAAACAGGAAUCUUUAUUGAUUAAUAACUAUGAGUCCAGCAACAGUCAUCGGUUCCUGGUCACUUGGAGUUGCUUGCAGUACUUCCUGGAGGUUGGGUAGAACGUCUUUACGUUGUGAAAGUGUGUUGCGCCAUAACCACAACUUCAUCAGAUCACUAACAUUGCCCUAUUUAUACGUAUCGUACCAUCCACAAAUGGCAUGCAGAAAUAAAACAAGUCUGUUCUUCAUACAAUAUCAUGCAUAAAGACUCCACUAUCAAGCACCUAUUCGAGAGACAGCAAAAGCAACUACCUAUUUCUCAUCUCCUUUGGACCACUUGGGGUGAUCCCAGUCCAAAUCAGAAGGGCAACCCAGACCCUACACGGGCCUACGGGUGACACCUCCCACACUAGCAUCCACCACGAUUCACCCAAUAUGUUGGAGGCCCUGUAUUUUCCUAACACAAGCAAUGACUCGCUUUAUCUCAAAUCCAGGCUGGAAAGGCUCUUUGAUGAUUUCUGGUGACAGCUGUAAUGUAAGAUGCAUUGGAAUGGCCUGCUACAAUCUAGUGACCACCUAAACCACUUGCCAGCUUUACGCCAACAUCAGAAGUACUCGGUACUCCCAGUGAAAAAAGCCCAAGUAUGAAGGCAGAACAUACAGAGAGGUUCACUGAAAUGCAAAGCACCUCAGAGACCGACAUUGCAGCAAACCACAGCUGGGUCUCAAGAAAAGUUGAAGGUAUUGUGGGAAGCCCUGUUCCUGGUGUAUGCUAUGACCAACCGACUGACCAUAUUAGCUCAGAGGCUUGAAGCAUUUUUCUAAAGAGCUGGUCUGCACUGUACCUGUGGAGGGCUUAGGGUGAACUGGGACUUGGGGACUAAACUGUGAAGUGCUCUUGCUAACUCAUUUUGCCAUUUUAAGACUACAUUGUCUCAUGCUUUCCUGGAUUAUAUCUGGGUUAUUACCUACACUGGUGCACCCCUUUUUAACUGUUGUUUUUUGUUAUUUGUUUUUUGUUAUUUUAUUUUCUUGUCUGGUUUUACCUGAUACUGCCUACACUCAUCGCUUUAUCUACAGGGGACCUCCUAGGAAAUACUAUAUGUUCUAUCUUAAGUCAGUUCAAUCCGUCAUAUCUCUUGUUUUGUGUUUCUUUAUCUCUGAUUCUUAUUAGCCUAAUAUGUUUUAUUUGUAUAAAAAGUGCAGUAUUUCUUAUGAUGUUUUCUAUUACUUCUAUAAUGUUUAUCAUCUACACAUUUUUGCAUAUACUAUAUACUCCUCCUAAUCUAUAUUAAUGUUAGAAAAUAUAUAACAUUUUAAAAUAUAUAAAUUGUAAAAAUAUAAUUUAAAAAAUGUGAAAAGAAUCUAAACAAAAUUUGAAUAAAAAAAAAGAAUCAAACUCUGUAUUUAAAACAUGGGGUUCCAAAGUGCACAAUUCAUGCAUCCACUUAAUUUCUUCCUUUCCAAUAUCAAUAAUGUGAUUAUCUAUUCACCAUAUUUUGUAACUAUUUGAAUACCCCAAACUAUUAGUCCAUUAUGGUCUUUUUAUGAUUUUUUUUUUCAUAUGUCUCUUUUUAUUGUGAAUUUUCUAUUAUCACAUAAUAACAGUACACAUAACAUCAGCAUAUGCAGUUGCAAUGUCACAUUCAUUAAUAACAACAUUGCAUAUAAGGGAUGCAUUUUGCAAUAUGUUUCCUACAACUAUAAAGAGUGUGUUGGGCAGUCCAAGUAUAUUGACACCAUAUUACAAAUACUUCACAUUAUAAAUAACAUUGAAGGCAUACUUGUGAGUUAUUCAAACACAAUAUAUCAUGGAAUGUUAACACAUUGUACACAUUGUCCCGUCAUGUGCAUGGGUAAGUACAGCUGCAUAUAUCUCGGGGAAUAGAUGUGUGAUAGGUAAAUGAAAGGAAAUUUGGGGUGGGUAGCCAGAUAUGAUUUAAUUUUUUUAAUGUGCUGAAAUACUGUGUUGGUUGGAACCUUUUAUAACAUUAUUUAAAUGUUAAUAAUUUGUUUUGUAUAGGGGGAAAAUUGUACGACCUACAUAUUGUAGACUGCAUGGACAAAUAUGAAGAUAAAUCACACUUUAUAGCUGACUUGCUCAUUUUUUCCAAUAUGACUAUUUUAACCUAAACAUGUACCUUACUUUGAACUCCCUAAUUUACAUUUGUAUUCACAAUAAAUAACUUUUGAUUUUGACACACAGUAUAUCAUUGUAUUUUAUUUCAGCAAAGCUAUCAAUUUUCCAAAAUGCACAUAAAAAUUAUCCAGUUUGUUUUAACUAAAUUACAAUAUUUUAUUUGAACAGUAGUGUUGCCUUUACAUAAAGGAACACAUAGGAUUCCAUGUUUUUUGGCAACUCAAUAGAUCAAGUGUGUCACUUCAUAUGCCACAGAGUUCAUUGUGUAAGAGAGGUACAGGCAGCUAUCCUUGAAAAGGCAACUGAGCUUCACAUGGUUGAAUAACUUGAGGACCAAAUAAUAUAUCCAUUAGCUUGCACAGCACAGCACCUUUCAUUAGGAUAUGCACCCAGCUGCCUUUUCAUAAAAUAUGAAAGUGUAUUGAUUAUUCACUUAUAACGAACGUCUAUAGCUAUCUAUCAGACAAACAAAGUCACCUUUACUUUUUUGAAGAACUACCAAAUACAGUUUAUUUUAUAACAAGCUUAAAAAACCCCACAAAAUACCAAAAAAUUGGUCAAUAAUAAGCAGAUGUACAUAAAAUAAUUUUUUAAUGCUCAUUCUUCUAAUCUUCAAAAAGAUUAACCAACAUUGAAGGAAAAAAAUGUAAGUUGGGAUCUAAAUUAGCCCUUCAUAAAAAAGUGUGUCUAGACACACUUUGCACCCAUUGGAAUAUCCUAUACAAAAUAUAUGAUACAGCUCAUUAAGAAGUAUUUGCAAGGCAGUUGCCUACUUCUUGAGUGUAGUGUAGCUCCACAGAGCUUAACUACCAGGAAGUAACAGGACAAUAUAUUGAUUGAUUGACUGGUUUGGUGUCUACCAGUUAUUGAGCAAAGGACAAUCGCUAUAGUUUAAAAGUGCAAUCUUUGAUAUAAAGCAUGAUCUAUUUGGCCAUGUUGUUAAGUUGUGCCUGUAUGAAAUGUCAAAAUGUGUUUUACACAUAACCAAAAAUGUGUUACUGUUGUUACUUUUUAUUCGGUUACUGGAGAGCUUUUAUUCUUAUAUUUGUAACUUGUGUUCUAGUGCAUGUAGCACCAAAUACAGGAUGGCAACAUACAUAUGUUAAGACAUGGAGCUGCUGCCUAGGAGGAUAUUAAUAAUGAUAAUAAGAGUAGUCUUAUCUGGAAAAUCAAGUGGCAAAAAAUAAUAACAAUUACCAUCAAUCUGUCAUACUAAUAGAAAAGUACAUAAACAGUUCUUUAAAAAUCCAAUAGUGAUGCUGGUCCUAAUUUGUGCUUCGCAAAAGUGUCCACAGAUUCUAAAAGAAAGAUCAGAGACUGAAGUUGCCACUAAAGAACACCUUUAUUCCCACAUGCAAAAUUAAAUUUAAUUAAGAUGGAGCAGUAAGAAUGGCAUAGGAAACAAUACUCCUACAAUGCCCCUGAACAAGGAGCAGGAUCCAGCAGGACCAGGAUCUGCUACUUGGUCAGUUGAAAUGGUCCAUAGUGGAACCAGCAUCACUACUGAACUUGUAAUAAACUGUUUGCAUAUUUCCUAGUAAGUCUAGUGACAUGACAUGCAUUCACUAAUUGUUUAUCAUGUGUGCCACAUUAAUUCUCUGGACAAGAUUACUGUUUUUUGUUUUACAAAGGUAUUUAUUUUAGACAUGAAUCUUUUUAUUCAUACACCCAGAAAAUAUUUAGGUAAGAUUCAUCAAAGUGCUGUAUUCAAAAUGGUGUAAAAUACUGAAAGUGGGGCAAUCACCAUUAAAAUCAAUGGAAUAUGUAGUGAAGAUAAUGGCUAGAUAUAUUGUGAUAAAGAUGAAGUAGAAGGUAUUCUUAAAAUGUAGAAGCUCUCAAAGUUUUUUUUAUAUUUUAUUCCUUUUAGUUCAGUAUACUAGAUAAAUAUCAGCUGGGUAAAGCAGUAUUACUGUCACUGACGUAGAACUGAGAAUCCCUGUCAAGACCACCUUACCAGUAAGUAAGCAUCCUUUGGCAAGACAGAAUGAUAUACAUCCACCUACCUCAAAUCCUCAUAGAUUGUAAGCUCAUUUGACCAUGGCCUUCUUAACCAAAUAUCACCUUUCUACAGUUGUGCAGUGCUGCAGAAUAUUUUGCUGCUAUAUACAUGCUAAUGAUAAUUCAAAUAAUAAUAUGAUUAACCCCUUCACUACCAAGCAAUUUGCACACACACAAAAAAACACCCCUAGAAUCCAAGUAUUCUGGGUGUCCUUGAAAGUUUCAGUAUGCAUAGAAUUGUAGCUCUGGAUCUGUUGUCCCGAUAGCCAUUGCAAACAAAUUUGUUUUUAAAUUAUUAAAAUAAUGUGUAUAAAGGUUUGCGGCAGUUGUGCAUACAUAAUUGGUGACAUGACAGGGUUAAUGCUGACAUGUUAGAAAUUAAUUUUAUUUUGGUCUGUAUUCUACAAAUUCCACAGAAAUUCACGAGAGCACAAGUCAGUUGUCAAUGAUCAUCCACUAGAAAUGAGAAGUAACCAGAGAUUGCAAAUUGCAAACCAAAAUAGUUGAGCUGCAAGCACGGCCAAGCUGGAGAUAAUUUUUUUGUGUGAGAUUCUGUUAUUUCAGUGCAAACCUAGUCAAAUCCAAAUAUAGUAGAUGACUAUGGCAGUGGAUUGUGGAGAAGCUACAUUGGUAGAAAGUAGGCCACAAUAAUAUGUGUAUUACUCUGAAUAACAUAAUCUAUACCAAAUAAAUACCUUACAUACUGACAGAUGUAUUAACUCUAUACAUUUUAUAGUUUUAAUAUGAUUCACUUUUAGUUUUUAGAAACACAUUUACCUAAAGUUUUAAUUAUUAUGUAUUUCAGUAAGUGGUGGCCUCUCUGCAAGUGUGAUUCAAUCAUGGUGGCGUGCAAAGGAAUAUGGACACAACCUUUCUGGAAAGCAGUGUCGGGAGAAUUUUUGGCAAUGUUGAUAUUUGUCCUACUAAGCUGUGGUUCCACUAUCAACUGGAGCAGCAAAGAUAAUCCUCAGCCAGCAGACAUAGUCCUGAUCUCUUUGUGCGUUGGACUUAGCAUUGCUACCCUCAUACAAUGCUUUGGACACAUAAGUGGUGCACAUAUUAACCCAGCUGUGACCGUUGCAAUGGUUUGCAUGAGGAAGAUAAGUCUUGCAAAGUCAGCCUUUUAUAUUGUUGCACAGAGUUUAGGUGCAGUAGCUGGAGCAGGGAUUCUCUACUUAGUUACACCAUCAAAUGUGGCUGGAGAGCUGGGCGUUACCAAGGUAAUCAAUUAUGCUAAAAUUCUCCUUACAACUUUUCAUAAAAAUAUAUAACAAAAAUUAUGUAUAAUGUUUUAAAACAGUGUGCCAGUUUAGGAACUUGUUAACGAUAUUCCUUCCAACAUUUACCAUCUGUAUCAUAUGUUUAGACCUUGGUGAGCAGUACUUUUUGCAUUUUCUUAACUGAGUUCUCAUUUUGUAUAAUAUGUUAUUAAAUAUUUUUUAAAUUAAGUAUAUUAUUCACUUAACCUCAAAUUUUACAUCUGAUGUUAUUGUUCAGAAACUAAAGUGGAGUCAAGUGACUUGAGAAAAAUGACUCCUCUCAUGAAACUGAUUCAGAAGAAAUGAUUCGGAGUUAAAAGAAAAUGAGAUGUACUAGUUACGAGAGCCACUGGUGCAUCUUGACAGUACUCUGCAGAAUGUAAUCUUUCCUUUUUUAAGAGGUUGUAACAGUUUACAAAUGGGUAUUGGAAAAUAAUCUUGUACAAUAUAGCAUAUGUUCAUGUAGGGUCAUCACAUUGAGUAGUGACAAUGAAAGUCAUAAUGAGAAUAUAUGGUUGUGGGUAAAUAUCCUUGCACAUAGAACAAAAAAAGAGAUCGAAAGAGAAUUUACUGCUUUUCAAGAAAAAUAAAUGUAAAAGGGCAAGACAAGUGAUAUCACUGAUACAAUAAAAAUGAGUUAGGGUACGUUAAGUUGCAUUCAUUAAGACUUUAGCCAAUAAAAGAUUAAGAUUAAUUAUUUGUUUACAUACAUGAUUCAUCAUAAUCCUGUAGUUUGCAGCCCACGUUGUUAUGUAUAAUUUUUAAAGUUUUAAAUUAAAGGCAUAAAAAGUACAGACAUAGGGCUUGAUCACAACUUUGUCACCACUUUUUAGUAACCAGCUGCUAUUUGUUAAUUAAUCGCAAGGAGUUACUUGCAUCCCCUACUAGAAGCCAGUAACUAAGGAAAAGUUAAUGUCUCCUGUUGUUUUUUAUGGAAGAUGUUAUCUGUAACUUAGCAACUGGUUUCUAAAUGGCUCCAGACUAAACAAAAGAUUGUCAGCCUACAUUACAUGUUUUCCUUAUAUACUAUAUAAAAUUAAUGUGUUAAUAGGCUAGUUUAUUUACGCUGGUGUACAAGCACAAAAAGUACAGGUGAGAGCAAAAAGAUAAUUGUAAAAAAAGUAAAAUUACACAAGUAUAGAUAAUUCUAAAUAAACCAUGCCUCAAUAUAAAUUUGGUUUACAAAAAAAAAAAAAAAAGGUUACAUUUGGAGAAAUACUUUUUUUUUAUCCCACUAAAUACAAUCUAUGUAAAAAUAUCUCCCAAAAUAUGAAAUACUCUUGUCACUGAUUUUCAUACACUCAUGCGGAAAAUCUCCAAACCACUGUGAAACCAAGCAAAAAAGUACAAGUUCACAUAUAGUUUUUCACAUAAUUUGGCAUUUUCUUCUUCCUCCAAAUAAAAUUACUGCAUAAUUUCCAUUAAAGUCUUGUAUGCAUUUUUGCUUCAAACAUCCCAACUUCUUUAAAAACAUUUGUUCUUUAUUAGAAUUACAUAUCUAAUGCUUUUGCUAAGAAAAAAUAAGUUAUUAAAAUCAAUUAUAAAUGCAGUAGUACUAUGAAUUGUACUUUAAAUUAACUGAUCAGUUUGUGUUAACAAAAUGUUUAAGCCAAUAACCCAAUAAUAUAGAAUUACUGUAAUAGAUUUAGGUUAAUUAAUGUAUUGGUAUAAUUGUUAAUUAUUAUUAUUAUUUUUUUUUAAUAUGUUCACAGGUGAAUAAAGACCUCUCCUCUGGCCAUGGUCUGCUUGUUGAAAUAAUUAUCACGUUUCAACUGAUUUUUACUAUUUGUGCAAGCUGCGAUUCGAAACGCAAUGAUAUCACAGGCUCAGUAGCAUUAGCAAUUGGAUUUUCUGUUGCCAUAGGACAUUUGUUUGCUGUAAGUAAAUUACAAUAUAUAUAUAUAUAUAUAUAUAUAUAUUACACAUCCACCUAUUUUUUUAUGUGUACAUAUUAAAGAAAUGUCACUUAUAUUGAUGUUUGACAUGUAAACAAAUAGAAAUAUUUUGUUCUGAAAUUAGCAUUGUUCUCAAAGUUGCAUUUAAAUUACAUAUAUAAUGAUUUACAUACCAUGCUCACAUACUUACUUCUGAGUGGUAUUUUUGUGUAUUCCUUAUUCUUGGGUCCUCUACCAGAAGUCUCGUAGUGUGAGGGUUCAGCAGAGGUGUUCCUAGAUGUGCAUCCAUCUGUACAUAUAUCUUAAAUGUCUCACCUGGAAUCUUCUGAAGCCAUUCUCACAACUUAGGGAUUACAGUCCACACUGCUCCUAUCAUAACUGGGACUACUACUGCCUUCACUUUCCACUUUCCUUUCUACCUUUUGCAGACCUUGGUAUUUGUCCACCGUUUCAUGUUCCUUUUUCUUGAUGUUAUGGUCACUGGGUAUUGCCACAGCCAUCACCACUGCAGUCCUCUGCAGUUUCUUGUCUACCACCAUGAUGUUGAGUUUAUUGGCCACUACUUGCUUGUCUGUCUAUGUCUAGAAUCCUACAGGAUCUUAUUCCCAUCAUUCUCAACUCCUUUUUGUGGUAUCUGGACUUAGGUAGAUGUUUUGGUACACAAUCCUAGCAACUUAAUUGUGCCUCUCAGUGUAUGUUCUCUCUGCUAACAUCUUGCAGCCAUCAGUUAUGUGUUGGAUUGUCUCUGAUGUUUCUUUGCACUGUCUGCAUAGUGGGUCCUGUCUGGUGUAGUACACACUCACUCCUAUUAAUCACGUGCUUAAUGCUUUUUCCUGUGCUACUAAGAUUAGUGCCUCAGUAUUGUCUUUCAGUUUUGCUUUUUCCAACCACUGGUAGAAUUUCAUAAUGUGAGUCACAUCUACUAACGACUGAUGGUACAUCCCAUUAAGAGAUUCGUCUUGCCAUGGAUACACCUCCUUUUCUGCAUUUUCUAGCUGCUGUUGUACCAGGUACUCCCUUAGAAGUUUGUCUUCAGUUGCAGUCUUUGUGAUGUACUUGUGGAUGCACUCUGCAUUUCUUUCAGGCUUGUGUCCUUGACACUCAUUAGGCCACCUCCUCCUUCCUUCUGGCUGAUGUACAGUGUCUGGGUGCUGGAUUGCAGAUGUACUCUUCCAUUCAUAAUGAGUAGUUUUCUUGUUGCCUUGAUAUCCAUGGUAUCCACCACUACUCUUGUCCAGCUGGGUACCUGAUACCUGGUAAAGCGUAUAUGUUAGGCAUGUAUUUUGUUAUUGCUAAGGAGCUAGGACUUAAGGACCUGACUGACUCUCUGGAGGCACUUAGAUGUUACUAUCCUCCUUACCUCUUGCUCAUGCUUAUCACAUGUUGUGCUGAUAGCUGAUAUCUACAGCUCCUAUAAAGGUACCUAAAUGUAGGCAAACAAUGUAAUAGAUCAGCAGGAAAUGCAAGCAGAAUGCUUGGUUGUAUAGGGAGAGGUAUUAGCAGUAGAAAGAGGAAUGUGCUCAUGCCAUUGUACAGAACACUGGUGAGACCUCACUUGGAGUAUUGUACGCAAUACUGGAGACCGUAUCUCCAGAAGGAUAUUGAUACUUUGGAGAGAGUUCAGAGAAGGGCUACAAAACUAGUACAUGGAUUACAGGAUAAAACCUACAAGGGAAGGUGGAUGCAUGGGAUAGCCUUCCAGCUGAAGUGGUAGAGGUUAACACAGUGAAGGAUUUUAAAAAUGCAUGGUAUAGGCGUAAGGCUAUCCAAACUAUAAGAUAAAGCCAGAGACUAAUGAAAGUAUUUAGAAUAUUGGGCAGACUAGAUGGUUUGAAUGGUUCUUAUCUGACAUCACAUUCUAUUUUUCUAUAUUUGGCUUUUUGGCGCUUCAACUUAUUUAGUUUUUAUCAUCUUCACUCUUUUUGUUAUCAUCUGCCCACAAUUAUCUAGUCCAAAUGACAUUAUGAUGUCCUUGCUGUAUAUCCCAGUUAGGUGGAACAGUGAGUCAAUGUCCUACUCACUCUUGGCAUUUAGCUCAAUGUUGUCCAUGUACAAUUGUAGUAUAGUGAACUUGUAUCCAUAUCCACUCUUCAUGAUGACCUGGUUAAGGGGGUUGAGGCCUAUGCAGAACUACAUUGGGCAUACUGCAUCACCUUGGUAUGUGGUACACUUGAUGUUAACUUGUGUAAUUGUCCUGGAAUUGGCUUUUAGAACUGUUCUCAAUUUGCACAUCAAGCACUUGAUAAGGGUCUUAGUGUCUUGGUAACUUUGUAUAGAGCCAAGCAUUCCAGUAACCAUGUGUGUGUUGCAUUGUGUAAUUGGUCUGUAAGGUCUUGGAAUCCAGAGUGACUGCUUGCUUUAACAGCAGUUGUUGUUUUAAGUCUUUGCUGUUGUUUCCAAUACACUUCUGAGUAUUGCUCAGGUAUGGACUUAUCUGCUCAUUGAUCCAGGAGGCUAUGAUGCCUGACAGGACCUUCAAUGUUGUUGGUACUUAAAAGGUGUUUUUCCAUUUAAGGGUCUUCAGGAACAGUAUUGAGCUGUCUUGUGUUUGCCAGCCAGGUUGGCAGCCUGUUGCUAAUAGUAGAUUUAUUUGUGCUGCUAGGUAAUCAUGCAGUGUUGUUAGGUGAGAAUCAUGUCAGGUUCUGGUGCUGACCAACUGUUCAUGUAGUUUACUUGUUGUUGGAUGGUGACUGAUUCAUGCUCUAGGUGCAGUGGUUAGCUUUCAUUUACUGGGCCUUGGUGUUAAGUGAUGCUUCUCGCAGAUGUUCUUCUAGUAGUGUUCAAUCUUAGGUCUGGAUCGGUCUUGUGGGGAUAUGCCACGGUGCUUGUUUAUACCUGGUAACUUAGAGCGAUCUUUCAUACACUGAUACAGUGCCUUGCAAACGUAUUCACCCCCUUGGCAUUUUUCAUGUUUUGUUGCCUCACAACCUGGAAUUAACAUGGAUUGUUUGAUGAUUUGCAUCAUUUAAUUUACAGAACAUGCCCACAACUUUGAAGAUUUUAUUUUUAUUGUGAAGCAAACCACAAAUAGGACAAAAUAACAGAAAAAGUAAAUGUGCAUAACUAUUCACCCCCCUAAAGUCAAUACUUUGUUGAGCCACCUUUUGCGGUAAUAACAGCUCCAAGUCGCUUUGAAUAAGUCUAUAUGAGCUUGCCACAUCUUACCACUGGGACUUUUGCCCAUUCCUCCUUGCAAAACUGCUCCAGCUCCUUCAAGUUGGAUGUUUUGCGCUUGUGAACAGCAAUCUUUAAGUCUGACCACAGAUUUUCUAUUGGAUUGAGGUCUGGGCUUUGACUAUGCUUUAGCAGUGUGUUUGGGGUCAUUGUCCUGCUGGAAGGUGAACCUCCAUCCUAGCCUCAAAUCACGCACAGAGUGGUACAGGUUUUGCACCAUCCAUCUUUCCCAAAACGCUGACCAGUUUCCUAGUCCUGGCUGCUGAAAAACAUCCCCACAGCAUGAGGCUUCCACCACCAUGGUUCACUGUGGGGAUGGUGUUCUUUGGAUGAUGUGAUGUGUUGAGUUUGCGCCAGGCAUAGCGUUUUCUUUGAUGGCCGAAAAGUUAAAUUUUAGUCUCAUCAGACCAGAGCACCUUCCUCCAUUCAUUUUGGGAGUCUCCCACAUGCCUUUUCGCAAACUCAAAACGUGCCAUUUUGUUUUUUGCUGAAAGUAAUGGCUUUCUUCUGGCCACUCUGCCAUAAAGCCCAACUCUAUGGAGCGUACGGCUUAUUGUCGUCCUAUGUACAGAUACUCCAGUCUCUGCUGUGGAACUCUGCAGCUCCUCCAUGGUUACCUUAGGUCGCUGUGCUGCUUCUCUGAUUAAUGCCCUCUUUGCCCGGUCCGUAAGUUUUGGUGGGCGGCCGUCUCUUGGCAGGUUUGCUGUUUUGCCAUGUUCUUUACAUUUGGUUAUGAUAAAUUUGAUGGUGCUCCUGGGGAUCAUCAAAAAUUUGGAUAUUUUUUUAUAACCUAACCUUGACUUGUACUUCUCAACAACAUUGUCCCUUACUUGUUUGGAGAGUUCCUUGGUGUUUGGCUAGUGGUGCCUCUUGCUUAGGUGUUGCAGCCUCUGGGGCCUUUCAAAAAGGUGUGUAUAUGUAAUGACAGAUCAUGUGACACUUAGAUUGCACACAGGUGGACAUCAGUUUCACUAAUUAUGUGACUUCUGAAGGUAAUUGGUUGCACCAGAGAUUUUUAUGGGCUUCAUAACAAAGAGGGUGAAUACAUAUACACAUGCCAAUUUUCGGUUUUCUAUUUCUAAAAAAUAAUUUUAUGUGUAUAAUUUUCUCAUUUCAUUUCACUUCACCAACCAGACUAUUGUGUUCUGAUCCAUCACAUAAAAUUCAGAUUAAUAAAUCAUUGAACUUAAGUCUGUAAUGUAACAAAAUAGGUCAAAAGUCAAGGGGGUGAAUACUUUUGCAAGGCACUGUACAUGUUUGAAACUGGAAUUAGAAAGACACAACUAUGCUAUGUUGGAUUUCAGCAAAAAUGAACCACAAUUGAAUACAAACAUGGGUGAGCACAGAUAUGCUAUGUUAAUAUCCUUAUAGCCAUAUAAAUAUUUUUUAAGUCAGAUUUUUGCUUCUUGGCAGACAGCAUAAAAAAGCAGCAUCAAGCUAGCAGUUUAAAAUGAAAUUACAUGCGUCACACGUGUGUGAUGCGGAGAUAUGAAGAAAGAAUGGACAUACUGCCCCACGCCUUAUUAUAACAUGUUUCUCAGUAUCCACAGUUAGUACUAUCCCACUCUAAAGUAUUAAAAUAAUGAUCAGUUACUCUGCAACAAAAUAGAAGAAUCCCCUAAUUUAAAUAGGUUGUGGGGUAUCCCCAACUAAAAAAGAGUUCCUACCUCCCUUUAUUCACAUAAAUAUUUGUGAGAAAGAUCACUGUGUUCUAUAACAUUCCAUGUCACUUUUUCACCUUACAAUCAAACAUAAAUGUUACCCUUGUGUCCUCAUCUUCUAUCUAGUGAAAUAGGCAUCCCUAGAAAAACUCCUAGAAAGCCAUACACAUUGAACAGCAAUCUAUAAAAACUUCUGCUGGCAAUAUAAAGAAUCUUUAGCUUUAAUGCCGAAGAGCAACACCGGGCAUUUUUUUUACAUUUUGGAUAAACUUUUACAAUUAUUUUAUAUUAAUAUUUUCAUUUGUUUAAUAUAACAAUUUAUUUUUAUAUGUGAUAUAUUUUUUAUAUUUUGAUAUUCUAAAAAAACUAAAAUGUAUAAAAAAAAAUUCAAUAAUUUGAAAAGCUUAUACAAAAUGUCUCAUUCCCUAUUUCAACAAGUCACAGUAAGGUAUUAAAUUAAAUACAUGAAAGAUCAAUGUCUGUCACUUUUUUCACUAUAAUCCCUGUUACCCUCAUGAGUAGCGUUACUUCAGAAGCAUGUUUUGCCUUGUUUUUCUUCUUCUCUGGUUUGAUUCAAUAUUCAAUUGCAUGUCCUCUCAGUAAGCACUGAAUACAGUAGAAAAUAAAGGAAGUUUCAUCUUUCUAAAGGAUCACUGCAUUGAAAUUCUCCUCAUAUUCGCAUUUGAAUGACAACACAAACUGGUUUAAAAUGAAUGGAUGAAUUUCAGAUAUCAAAGAAUUGUAAUCCUAAAUUUCUAGCUGAUUAGUUUAAUUAGAAAUCAACGGUGGUACACUAUACAGAGACUAUUCUGAAAAAUUUAUUGUUUACUAGUGUCAAAUAGAUUUGGAGAUUCAUUUUGUUAGGAGCUGUAAAUUCUCCAAAUGUGGGCUGAUUGCGUGGUCGUAUGAAUCCCUGAACUCCAAGAUGAAAUGUUGCUGUAUCAAAAACCAAUGAAGCACUCAAAGGAAUGGCAUGUUCAUUUUGAUUCUUGAUUCGAAGUUAUGAUUGUGGUUCAAAAAAGAGAAAGAUUGAAAAAAAAUCAAGUGGGAUCAAGUGGGAAGAGACGAAUAGAGGGGGAAAAUAGCAGUUAAAGCAGUGGAUAUAAAUAUAUAUACUACAUAUAUAGUUUAAAUCAAAAUUAUUAUUCAACCCUCAUUGAAAAUUUGGUUUAUAGUCAAUUUUUUGAUUUUUCGCUAUUUUUCGCAAUGAACAAAUCAAACAAAAGCAAUGGAUGCUUUGAGUAGUUUCACCAAAUUCAACUGAAAAUACAACUUAGAACGACUUCUACAGCUUCUAAAUUAUUCAAUACCUUCAUGCUAUCCUUGUAUCUUUUUUUUAUUUUUGCCCUGAAGUUUUGCAGAUUUUGGGAAUAGCUGGUAUAUUAACUUCAUUCAGAUUCAUUUUAACAUCUGGGAAUCCCAGCUGCAGAUUUAUUUAUUGUCCUUUUUGUAUAUUGCUGUUUCUUAGUGAAACACUUCAGCCUCAUCUUAUCUUUCACUUUUAAAUAUGUAGGUCUUCAACAAGGAGCUUUAGAGCAAGUCAAUAAUACAACAGAUUAUAUUUUUAGACAUGUAUAUGACAUGCUCACCUUCGUUUUAACAAUAUGUAUUAAUAAUACAUUUGAUGUACAUGUUCUGUUCCUUUAGAUAAACUACACAGGAGCCAGCAUGAACCCAGCAAGAUCUUUGGGACCUGCUGUUAUUAUGAACAUCUGGGAAAGUCAUUGGGUAACUGUCUUUUUUUACAAUUAAGAAUAGCUGCAACAAUAUAUAUGUUGCAAAUAGAGUAACCUUAUUUUAUUAUUUUUCUAAUUCAUAUUGAAUUUAUUCUGAAAUGAUUUACAAACCAUGUCAGUACGUAUUCAGAGAAAUGUCGGUUAUACAUUUCCUAUUGCUAUGUAAAUUAAAUAGUGGUAAACAGUCUUUCUGCAAAGUCCCUAUCCCAUACGCAUUUUCAGGAACUGUUGUAAUAUCACCAACCAUGUAACUACCUGGUGCUCUACUAUUACUACUAAAGUCUGUCAAGUUCCACAUUUACAUAAACACACAAGCACAUACACACAAACACUGACACAUGCACUGGAUUCAUGCACUGAACCCCAAUACAAACAUGGACAUAUAUAUAUAUACACUGACACACACAAACACUAACACAUGCACUGGAUUCAUAAACUCACACACACAAACAUUGACACACAUAUAUACACUGACACAUGCACAGAUUUAUACACUGGCACACACAAACAUACACACCCGGAUGCAUACACUGAAACACAAAAACAUUGACACAUGCACAGAUACAUACGCUGACACACACAAACAUUGAUACACAUGCACACAUAUAUACACUGACACAGAAACACUGACACACAUGCACAGAUGAAAAUAACUCACACACACAAACACUAACACACUUACCCUCUCUCUCAGUCCAACCCCGCUGUUAUAUAUUCCCUGGUGCUCCGGUGGUAUAGAUAAUGCUCUGAAAUCCCUGCUGAAAUUCUGUCAUAUCCCCUGCUUCAUAUUUCUGGCACUCAGUAUUCAGUCAGAGCACAGGUUUUAAAUCUCCUUGGCUGUGCUAUGACUCACUACCUGAGCGCUGGAGCCACAAACAGUGGAUAUGAUAGAGCAUUUCAGCAGGGGGUGCAGAGCAUACACCCCCUGACCACCCUGGAUUCACGGAGGAGUAAAGUCUGGUACUGGACUCCGUGCUGUGCUUAAGCAGGCUUGUGAAUAAAGUAAGCUGCUUGUUGCUAUCCUGCUUGCUGCUACUAUCCUCGAUGGGCCCCACUGACAUGCGGAACUUCAGGACCCAGUGGCAGUUGCGACCUUUGCAGCCCUGGUAGUUCCACCACUGCACAACUAUACUUUACUAUAAUUUAUUUUUACCUUUUAUGUUUGCUUUUGUGACUUUUUUUUAUUUUUUAUAUAUAUAUAUUUUUCAAUAUUUUACAACAACAUGAAUUCAGGCUUGAAUAUAUAAACAAAUCAUAUUAGAAGUACAUUUAACAGAAUUAUAUAAUUAUAUGUUCCAUUGAAUAUCUUUAAUGUUUAUAUGUAUGAAUCUUGUUAGUGUGAUUGCCAUUGCAUAUAAAACCACUUAAUUUGCAAGUAUUGUGCAUUCUGCUUGUAAUUAUGAGAUAGUUACCCAUAUUUAAAUGGACUGACCGAAAUGUAAAAAAGUAGUUUGACUCAAGAAAAUCUGAAUUAAACAGUUUUCAUGUCAAACGACCAAACCUCUACCAAUGCAUCAUCUCUAUGGAAACAGAUUUGACUAACCACUUCAGGAGUUAAUUAUCACAAGGACCAGAUAGACACUGCAGGCUAUAUUUACAUGGUGGGAUUUGCCAUUUCUCAUUCAUCACUGUGACAAAUUGCAGAAAAUAGGGUAAAAGUGCCUCAUGAGACAUUUUAUAUGAGAAGCUGAUGACAUUAGCAUUAUUUCAGCAUUUCACAUGUAGAAUCUUCCCUAACAGUGUCAUCCUUUGUGAAGAAUUGCACUCUUCCUGCACUGCAACAUAUUAUGCUGCAACACAGAGGCUCACGUGUGUUUGAACCAAAUUAUCAGUAACUAAAAAAGUAUUUGAGAUAUUAGCUAAAUACCACUUAGGUAUAGUCAAAACCACGUAUGCAUCCACUCUCAUUUUCUUUUUUUGUAAAAUUAGCAAUUAGAUUUAAAUGCUAGCUUUAAGGCCAAGCUGGGAUUGUACUUCAAAUAACAACAGUGCAACUACCAUUCACACUUUUGGUGUUACUCAUUUACCCCUUCACUCAUCUAUACACAAUUGCAAGAGAAUGCAUUUAUAGCCUGCAAUCGUGUAUAUACCAUUUGCAUAAUUGCAAAUGAAAUUUGUUUAUUGCAAAUCAUUAUGCCUAUUUUAAAGUUCCUCAAAUUCACAUGGCACACUAUGGACUUUAGAGAGAUAAAUACAGACUGAUUGUGACUGUAUUCACCUCUCCUCCAGAUGGAACUGCAGCAGUUAAAGAAGAGGAGGUAGCGGGGUAAGUUAGAAGUUCAAUCUCUCCUGCCUGUCUUCACAGGAGCUAAUAGAUGGAUGUUAUAGUAUACAGGGCGGUGCACAGAUGUUUAGCUACACCUGUGUGUCUUGUUGUAACCCCCCUCCCCCAUUUUGAAUUUUGUACCCCUUUUGUGCUGUAGUGUAUUUAAUUCCCCUUUAGUGUGUCUUACUUCCCCCCCAGUCCCUUUGUGUGUCCCUUCCCUCCAGCCCCUGUAGUGUCUCUUUCUUACACCAGCCCCUUUCUGUGUCUCUGUCUUACCCGGGUCAGUUUAUUUAUCUCCUUCUCCACCACAGUCCCUCUGUGUGGCUCUUUUUCCCCUUAGUCCGUUUUGUGUGUCCCUCCCCUCCAGAUCCUUUUGUGUGUCUUUCCUCCCAAGCCACAGGCACACAGGCAUUGUUUUCAGUCACACAGUAAUAAAAGGCACACAAUUAAAGUCAUACAGGUACACUGUCAUUCAAGCACAGACAUAAUCAUACAUAAACAUAGAGACACCAAGACAUACAGUCAGAGACAUACCGACACACUGGCAGAGACAUACAGACACAGUCACACAGAGACAUACAGGCAGAGACAUACACACAUACAGAGACAUACAUGCAUACAGAGACAUACAUGCAUACAGAGGCAUACCAUCAUACAUAGACAUACAUACAGGCAUGCAGAGACAUACAGGCAUACAGAGACAUACAUACAGAGACAUAAAGACAUACAGAGACAUUCAGGCAUAUAGAGACAUACAGGCAUACAGAUACAUGCAUUCAGAGGCAUACCGUCAUACAGACACAUACAUAAAUACAUACAGAGACAUACAUACAUACAGGAAUACAGACACAUGCAUACAAAGACAUAGAGGCAUACAGAAACAUACAGACAUAUACAUAUAUACAUACAUACAGAGGCAGAAAGGCAUACAGUUACAUACAUGCAUACCGAGACAUCCAUAUAUUCAAUUACAUACAUGCAUACAGAGACAUACAUACAUACAUAUAUAACAUAUAUGCAUACAGAGACAUACAUUCAUACAUACAUACAUGCAUACAGAGACAUACAUACAUGCAUGCAUACAGAGACAUACAUACAUACAUACAUACACACAUGCAUACAGAGACAUACAUUCAUACAUACAUGCAUACAGAUAUUUACAUGCAUGCAUACAGAGCAUACAUACAUAAAUGCAUGCAUACAGAGACAUACAUACAUACAUACAUGCAUACAGAGACAUUCACAAUUACAUAUUCACAUCUGUUCAAUCUGGUCCCUGGGGUACAUGCUAUCCGGCUCUGUGGAGUCCUGUAAAUUAAACUUGUUUUAUAUAAUCAAUAAUGAAUGACUAUAGGAUAGAAUAGGAGUCCCAGGCUUGAAAGACAAUAUAGUAUUGGACCUAAUUCCCUCGCAAAUGCUAUGUGAGGAUUAAUACAAUUAUGAAUAGGUGCAAAUUUUAUUUUAAUAUUUAAAAGCAUCAGCUCAGGAGUAGCUGUACUGCAGGAAGCUGUUCCUGCUAACAGCCGUGGAAACAGCCCCUCUAGUACGGGUGGGGUUGAGAGGGUAAGGAAGGCUAGACAGGUUGUGGUGGUAGGGGACUCUAUUAUUAAGAGAGUAGAUAGGGUAAUCUGCCACUCUGAUCGACUCAACCGGACAGUUUGCUGUCUCCCGGGUGCUCGGGUCCGGCAUGUUGCCGACAGAGUGGAGGGAUUAUUGGGAGGGGCUGGAGAUGACCCAGCUGUCAUGGUCCAUAUUGGUACCAAUGACAAAGUCAGAGGAAAAUGGAAGGUCCUAAAGAAUGAGUUCAGGGAACUAGGAAGUAAGCUUAAGAAAAGGACCUCCAAGGUAAUUUUUUCAGAAAUAUUACCUGUGCCGCGCGCUACAGCAGAAAGGCAGCGGGAGAUUAGAGAGGUCAAUGCAUGGCUAAAGUCUUGGUGCAGGAAAGAGGGUUUUGGGUUUUUAGAGCACUGGGCCGAUUUUGCGAUUGGGUACAACCUGUAUAGUCAUGAUGGAUUGCACCUAAACGGAAGAGGGUCUGCUGUGCUGGGGGAUAGGAUGGCUAGAAGGUUGGAGGAGAUUUUAAACUAGUGGUAGGGGGGGAGGGUCAAAGCAAUCUAGAAAAUGGAGAUAUGAUGGAAAAGAGAUGGGCUUUAGCUCAGAACAAAGGGGGUGGAGAUGGGGGGAGGGGAAAACUCAGAACAGAGGAGGUAUGUAAUAUUGAUAAUUCACAAAAAGUACAAAAGACUCAUGAUAAUAUUAAAUGUAUGCUUACUAAUGCAAGGAGCCUAUAUAACAAAAUGGGGGAACUAGAGGCAAUAGCAUACACUAAACAAUAUGAUAUAAUAGGCAUAACAGAAACAUGGUGGGAUGAGACACAUGACUGGGCAGUUAAUUUAAAUGGGUAUACGUUAUUUAGGAAGGAUAGGAAAAACAAGAAGGGUGGUGGGGUAUGUUUAUAUGUCAACCGUGAGUUAAAGUCAAAUCUUAGGCAUGUGGAGUGUGACGAGGAAAAGGUGGAGGCUUUAUGGGUAGAUAUCUGCUUGGGGAAAACAAAGGGAAAUCAAUUAUUGGUUGGGAUAUGUUAUAAACCACCUAAUGUAAAUAUUAAUGAGGAAGAACAGCUGUUAGAGCAAAUUGAGAAAGCUGCAAAUCGAGGUAACACGUUAAUUAUUGGAGAUUUUAAUUAUCCAGACAUAAAUUGGGAAAGAGGGACUAGUACUUCAGCAAGGGGAAUCAGGUUUUUGAAUGUGUUAAAUGACACCUUUAUGUCACAACUGGUACAAGCACCAACUAGACAGGAUGCUUGUCUGGAUCUUGUCAUAACAAACAAUGUUGAUCUUUUAACCAACAUUCAAGUAGGGGAGCAUUUGGGAAAUAGUGAUCACAAUAUGGUAAAUUUUGAAAUAAACUCAAAAAAGCAAAAGCAGGUGGGGUAUACUAAAACAUAUAAUUUAAAAAAAGCCAAUUUCAAUAAGAUUAGGGCAGCUCUACAACAUAUCGACUGGCAUAAACUCCUUAGUGAUAAAAACACUGAGGAUAAAUGGAAACUAUUCAAACAUAUAUUAGAAAGGUACAUUUCUCAGUAUGUACCAUUGGGUAAUAAAUAUAAAAGAAACAAAUUAAAACCAAUGUGGCUUAGUAGAGAAGUAAAACAAGAGAUUAAAAAUAAGAAAAGGGCAUUUAAAGCAUUUAAAUCAGACAAAUCAAAGGCAUCCUAUUUAAGAUAUAAGGAAGCCAAUAACACUUGCAAAAAGGCAAUUAAAGUGGCUAAACUAGAAAAUGAGAAAUUGAUAGCUAAAGAAUGCAAAACCAACCCCAAAAUUUUUUCAAGUACAUCAAUUCUAAAAAAACAAAAAAUGAAAGUGUAGGUACACUUGAAACAGAGUUGGGUUUAUUAGCUAAUGAAGACCAGGAAAAAGCAGAAAUUUUAAAUAACUAUUUUUCUUCAGUAUAUAUUAAUGAGGAUCCUAUGGCAAGAGAUAUGCAAAUGUUUGCUGCAAAAAACUUGCAAAUAACUUGUGACUGGAUAACUCGAGACAAGGUGCUACAGCUAUUAAAGAAAAUUAAUGUAAAUAAAGCUCCGGGGCCUGACUGUAUUCACCCACGAGUACUUAAGGAGCUAAGUGGGGAAAUAAGUGAACCUCUGUAUUUAAUUUUUCAAGAUUCUUUUGUUUCAGGUGUUGUACCGGAGGAUUGGAGGAAGGCAGAUGUUGUUCCUAUAUUUAAAAAGGGUUCAAAAUCCUUGCCUGGAAAUUAUAGACCUGUGAGCUUAACUUCAGUAACUGGGAAAAUAUUUGAAGGGCUAUUAAGGGAUAAUAUUCAGGAAUUCAUUGGGAAGAACUUUGUUAUUAGCAAUAAUCAGCAUGGUUUUAUGAAACAUAGGUCAUGUCAAACUAACCUAAUUGCAUUCUACGAAGAAGUAAGUAGAAGUAUAGAUCAGGGUGUUGCAGUGGAUGUGAUCUACUUGGACUUUGCCAAGGCAUUUGAUACGGUUCCUCACAAUAGGUUAGUCUUCAAACUAAAAGAAAUUGGUCUAGAUGAAUAUUCCUGUUCUUGGGUAGAACAUUGGCUUAAGGACAGAGUACAACGAGUUGUCAUUAAUGGUAAAUUUUCAGGCUGGACAAAAGUGGUAAGUGGUGUCCCUCAGGGUUCUGUUUUGGGACCACUUCUAUUUAACAUAUUUAUAAAUGAUCUUGAAAUAGGCAUUGAAAGCCAUGUAUCAGUGUUUGCAGAUGACACAAAACUUUGUAAAGUAAUAAAAUGUGAGCAGGAUAUUGCUUUGUUGCAGAGAGAUUUGGAUAGAUUGGGGGACUGGGCACUAAAAUGGCAGAUGAAAUUUAACAUAGAGAAAUGCAAAGUUAUGCACUUCGGGGUUAAGAAUGCACAAGCAACUUACACACUAAAUGGUAGUGAAUUAGGGAUAACCACACACGAGAAGGAUUUGGGCAUUGUUAUAGACAACAAAUUAGGCAGCAAUAUGCAAUGUCAAUCUGCAGUUGCUAAGGCCAGUAAGAUUUUGUCAUGUAUAAAUAGGGGCAUAAAUUCUCGGGAUGAAAAUAUAAUUUUGCCUCUUUAUAAAUCGCUGGUAAGACCACACCUUGAAUAUGCUGUGCAAUUUUGGGCGCCUGUUCUAAAGAAGGAUAUCAUGGCACUGGAGAGGGUCCAGAGACGAGCUACAAAAUUGAUAAAAGGAAUGGAGCAUUUUAGUUAUGAAGAAAGGUUACAAAAAUUAAAUCUGUUUCGUUUGGAAAAACGGCGCCUGAGAGGGGAUAUGAUAACUUUAUACAAAUAUAUUCGGGGCCAGUACAAACCUUUAUCUGGAAAUCUAUUCAUAAACAGGGUUAUACAUAGGACACGAGGUCACAUUCUCUGCCUGAAGAGGUGGUUUUGUCAGAGUCCAUACAGAUGUUUAAACUGAAAUUGGAUAAAUACUUACAAAAACAUAACAUACAGGGAUAUAAUUUCUAAUUAGUGGGGUAAUAGCUGAUUGAUCCAAGGAGACAUCUGACUGCUAUUUUGGGGUCAAGAAGGAAUUUUUUCCUAGUUUGUGGCAAAAUUGGAAGUGCUUCAGACCAGGUUUUUUGCCUUCUUUUGGAUCAACAGCAACAACAUUUCUGAGGAAGGCUGAACUUGAUGGACGCAAGUCUCUUUUCAGCUAUGUAACUAUGUAACUAUGUAACUAUGUAAAACAAUGAGCAAUAUCAGUCAACAGUUGCAAAGGCCUUUUAGGUGUUGUUAUACUUAAAACUAGGUAUUAAUUAAUUGGUGUGAUGAUACUAUUAUUUUUCUUCUUUAUUUUGCAUCUGCAAUGUAAUUUCUGGUGCUUGUUAAGAAAUUAAUGAACUGGAGAAAAUGCAUUGCAGAUUCAAGGUGGGUUAUUCUCAUUUUAAAAUAAAGAUGAAACAUAUUUUUAUGAAGAAUGACAGAAUACAUGAAAAAUAAAAAUGGUGUAAAUUUAUAUAAUUUAAAUGUUUACAUUAUUCUGCAAAGCAAUCUAUACACAAAAUGGCUUUGUUAUGUUUAUAUGUCCGCUAUGCAGCCCUUGACUCAAAUGCACGUAAUGCUUUUUGUCAGACAUCUGUUCCAGUUGGGCUUCUGGCUUUUCUUUGGAUUGUCAGCAGAAACAUAUAUAACUAUGCGGACUGGAAACAUAGCCUCCCAAGAUACACAACAUAUUAGUCUCUAUUACGUAACCCCCUGCAUGUAGAGUAUGGGGAUCUGGGAAAUGACGCAAGCUCCGUUAUUAAGGAAAUCUAGAGGGUGCCUUUCAAAGAGAAUUGUUAAUUAAGUGGAUCUUCCAUCAGAUUGCUACACAUUAAUCCAGUUUGAUUUAUCAUCUUGCUUAAAAUAAAUAGAGAUUAGUAAAUGACCACACAUUAAUGUUGCUUACAUGGAUUUAAAUAUAAAAUUAUAUUCUAGAUUGAUGUGCUCUGUUAGGAAUGUAUUUGCAAUGUCUAUGUUAAGAUUUAUGAAAUUUGCAUGUGAUAGGGGACCUGAGAGACUCCUAUGUAAUUUCUUGCAAGUGUGGUGUAUUUCUUUUUUAAAUAUUAUUUUUAUAUAUUACUAAUAAAAUAAUCCUACCAGCAUUUCUUUUAAUGACUGCUAUUUCAUUCCAGGUCUAUUGGAUUGGUCCAUUAGUUGGUGCAGUCAUUGCAGGAACCCUCUAUGAAUAUGUUUAUUGUCCUGAUCCAGAGCUGAAGAAUCAUUUUAAGAAUGUUUUAACGAAGGCCACCAAACAGUCACCAGGGGAUUAUUCAGAGGUAGAAGAAAGCAAAAGCCAAGUAGAAUCAGAUGAUCUUUUGAUGAAACCAACAACUGUUCACACCUUUUUUGAUAAAAAGGAGAAGGAUCCAUCGGGUGAUGUCCUUUCUUCGGUAUGACUAGAACCAAGCACUGAAAACAGAGAACCUCCUGGAACAUCAGCCACUUUUUGUUCAAUUAAAGAGACUGAUAUAUUAUAACAGAAGCAUUUUGGAUAUCAUAGAUCAAUUCUUCAUCUAAAACAACAUUCAAUGAAUAAUAUUGUCAGACUAAGCAGAGAAAAUAUAAGUAUUGUUUAGACUAUCAUUCUCUGAUGUAAUCAUACUUUGUUUCUUUGGACACCGUCCUUGUGGCGAAUUCAAGGAGAGCAAAAGUGAUCCAUAAUUUAAGAAGUCAAUAUUGAGCCUAAAAUCUGCCAGUUUAACAUUGAGAUUGACAGUAUGCAUUAGUUUAAAAUACCCAUUGGCGCAUUCAAACUAAUGACUCUACAUCUGGCACAUAAUUGGCUGUUGUCAGCACUGAUUAAGACAUGUUCCCUGUAAUCACUUUUUCAACACUUAGUAAAAACAAAGAAAGAUUGGGAAACUGAAAAAUAAAGAUUUACAAAUAAUUAAAAACUAACUAAGAAAUGCACAUACAGUAGGAAAUUCUGUAACAAAAAAGACACUAGUUCUCAAUUUCUAAAAGUAGAGUUUGAAAGAUAAAAUUUUCAAAAGAAGUUAAAUGUUUACAAACAGUAAUAUCUUCAGGACGUACAGAAAACAAAAUCUUUAAUUUUUGGUGUUUUGGCUGUUCACUCACCUCUCUCUUUCUCUGUUAGAACUGCUUCUAUUCAUCAAGAACAUAUAACAUUGUACAUAUCACAUUCUAAAAAAAGAAAAAUGUUUUUUAAAAAAAGCUCUUAUUCUGUAAAUAUACAAAAACAAAUGGUGAUCUGUUUCCAGUGCACGUACUAAGCAUUUUUUUUUUAUUAACUGUGUGGUGUGAUAACAUUAAUUCACAUUAGACAUUUAAAUAUUAGCUCACGUAUUAGUAGUGAUAAUUGUUGUUAAGUAACAAUAUAUGAUUAUAAAAGUCCAUUACCUAUAAGCAUAUAAAUAUCUUUAUCAUCGACAUAAUCAAUACAUGAUUUCAGAUUUAAAACAUAUGUUAAUGUUUAUUUACAAUUAUGGGAUCCAGUUGAGAUUUUAUUUUUUUAUUUUAUUAUUUUACAGUUUUGCAAGACUACUGCGCGUAUGUAUACAUACAUACCAUCUAAUAAAUACGUAAUUGUUGCAAUAUGCAUAAUAUGUACACAGAUGACUGGUUACUGUGUGA